UAAUUUAGAAAGAUUAAAUUUACGAAAUGUUGAAUUCACGGUAAACGACUAUGAUAAUUUUUCGAUAGACAUAAAAUUUUCUAAGCUAGUAUCUUUAGAACUAUUUGAUGUUAGAAUGGCUAAUCAAUAUUCCGAAAAAUCACUGGUUCAUUUAAUUGAACAGAUGAUGAAACAUUCCAAAUUAAUUAGUUUAGAUUUGGAACCUUUUAUUGGAGAUAAAUAUGAUAAGCUACUCGAAUUUAUUCCGAAUUAUUGUGCAGGUUUAACCGAAUUAACAUUGAAAAUAAAUGAAACAUAUGAAGAAACCAUGAAAACGAUUUUAAAGAUUUUACCAGCUUUGAAUAAACUUAGAAUUCUUCGUAUAGCGGAGGAUUGGGGAGGAAUUCAAUUGGAUGGAGGAAAAUAUAUUGAAAACUUAAUAUUACCCAACAAAUUACAUUUCUUUGAUGUUACAGGGUUAUUUUUUUCAGAUGAAUGGUUGAAAAUAUUUUUUGAGAAAUGUUGUUUUAAUUUAAAACAAGUAGUUUUAUUGCUUAAAAAUUACGAUGUUAAACAUGAACAAAUUAUUAAAACGUUUUCAUUGGAAAAAAGAAAGGAUAUUGAAGAAAUUAUUGUUUCAAUUGAUAAUAAAUCAGAGGUUACUAUUAAUUGGAGAUGA